AUGGGUUUUGUCAGCUUCUAUCUUCUUCCACUCUCUCUGGCUGUCGUAUGCCAAGGAUACAACGUUAACUUUCGCCUUACGGCCAAGUUCCAAGACAACACCGACAUUGACCGGUCGUUGAUCUUGGACCUCACUUCCUCCGAGAUCUUCGUCCUCCGAUCCACCGAGUUCCAGGACAAGUACGGCCGUGACAACGUCUUCAAACCGUCGGCUUCCGACACUUUCGAGAACAUAAGUCAGCCCUUCCAAGUGAACUACACUGGAGAAUACAAUGGGAAAGAUUCCACGGUUCUUGGCUUCCUUGGCAAAGAUAAUGUGACCAUCAUCCUCCACAACGAGGUCGCCAGAUUCGGCGUGGCUCAAAAGAUCACAGCGGAAGAGAUUGUGUUCGGGACCGACGGAUAUCCCAAUGCCGGGAGGAUCGGGUUCUCACGGAACAUUGCGAACGGGUCGUUGGCGGAGAAUCAAUUCCCGCGCGCUCGGAAAUUGUCGUUGGAGGUGGGAGUCAGCCCCAAUAGCAGGUAAGGUUUGCUUGGGCGCUCUGAAGUAGAUAUCAGUCCCGGGGAAGUAGUGAGCACUCUGUCGCAUCGAAAGUCGUAUCGUCACCGAGAAAAUCAAUGGUAUCGGGACAAAAUCAAAUUGCUUUUCACUUCAGCGACGUGAUCGGAGAAACGACACAUCGCUCAUUAUUUUCCCGACAGACUGAUAUUUUCAUAAAGUGCAUUGACUUUUUUGCCUUUUCCGAAGUCGUUGGAAAAAGCUUACGGCAAACUGAUACGUCCUCAAAUCCGCAGCUAGCUUAAAAAUGUUCAAUUUUCAGCGCGGUAAGAACGUCCAUCGGCUUGGGAGACUUCAAUUAUGACCCGAAACGUCUGCGCACCAAAGUCCGUUCCCUGCCACACCCGAACGGCCUCUGGGGCCUGAGUGUUGCAAGGAUCACCAUAGGCAAUGUUGUCAACAUUCGCAACUACAAAGCCGUCAUUACCACAACACUUGAUGGGAUUACCCUUCCAUUCGCCGUGUUCCAACAAGCCAUCCGAACAUUGGGCGCAAAAUACAGCCGUGAAAAUCGUCAUUACACGGUAGAUUGCAACAGAAAUAUCCCGAUCAUAUUGGAGAUCAAUGGCGUUAAAAUUACCAUCCGAUUUGAUGCCAUAAUCGCUCAGUUGGACAAAGUGUGCGUGUUGAAGUUGCGGAGCGUCGCCUCCGCUGAUAAAGUGGUCCUCGGCCUGCCUUUCUUCAUCAACAACGGGAUUGGAUUGGAUUAUGAGUCGGGAGAAAUCCAUCUUUAUGACUCUACGUACGAUGAGGACAGCGUUGCGAUAAACGGUGUGGUUCAGACUGCUAACGGUGCAAGACAAUUCAUCACCACAGAAUUUUUUGAGUAA